GCGUCUGUAUAUUUGUUUUUGUUGGGGGUUGGGGUUGAACUGCAUGGCAUCAGUAUACAUGACAUAUCUUCAUUCCAAAGGUGGAAGACUUUGAGCUAUUUCCUACUGAAAUUUACAUUGAAAUUAUUAGGUGAGUUUCUUGUCUGUCGGUAUGGGUAGUAUAGAUGGUUUUGAAGAGAGCACUGGCAUUGUUAAUACUGUAUAUCAUCUGCUGGGUAAGCUACGAGGGAUGCACUAUGCAUUAUGCAAUACUACUAGCUGGCUGUUUCAUUCUAUUUACCAGGAAACCACUGGAGUAUACUUUUCAUUUCUCAGUUAUUGAUUCAUUGCUAACACCUCGUUUUGGAAUUCCAGAUUGGCAAAGUGUUGCGGCUGCCCAAUGGAUGAUGGGAGAGACGGAUUCGAUACUCUCACCAACAAAGAAAUACGCUGCCUCUGCUCUGUUCGCUUUGGCUCUUCACCAUUCUCAGAUUCAUCAAAAUCAAUCGAUCAAUCCUCUCCUCUCUCUGAAUGAAGAGCCCAUUGGCGAAGGUGCAAGAAAAAAUGACACCGUUUCCGUCUCCGAUUUCCCACAGCUUUGGGUCCAUAAGAAGUCCGGUUGACUUUUGCCUGUUUUCAGGUAUGUAUAUGUAUAAUCCCCAGCUUUGGGUCCAUGGUUUUUGUCUUUCUAUAUUUUCUUUGUUUGGAACAAAUUUUGAACGGCCUAGGUACAUGGGAGUGGAGGGUCAAAGAAACUGCUGGAGUGUCUACUCAAGCUAGGCACCACGUUGGAUCAGUAUGUUCCCUUUUGAUUUCCUUGAUGAUCUUUGUGUUUCCUUUUUCGAUGCACAUGGUUUUGAUUAUGACACAGUUUUUGACAUUACUGUCAGAGAAAAAUGAUGGGGUUUCUUCAGAAGUCCAAGAAAAGGAACUUGCUUUACUUAAGGUUGUGGAUGCUACAAUUCUUGGGAUAGAAAGUUGUCUCGUUGUUUCCGAGGAUAGUGAUAGGAGUUGUGAUUAUGAACUAAGUGCCGUGAGAGGUGCGGUUAUCUCGACACAGCUGCUACAACUUCUCUCAAUAUAUCCAAUAAUGAAGAUGUGGAUGGAUCGGGAAGCAGAUUCUCUCAGAAACCAAUUGAAGAGGGAAAUUUUCUUUCAGAGGAGAGGAAGUUAGCUGCUCUUUAUGAGCUUCUUUCAUCUUGUGUUGCUGAUGAUGUUAGCAAUGACGGACCAAAGGGCUAUGAUGCUCGGCACCAUGUGGCACUGCGUUUACUAGCUACUUGGCUCAAUGUCAAAUGGAUAAAAAUGAUUUGUGUGCUGAAACUACUCAUUAUUUUGUAAAUACCCUUUUGGGUUUUAGCUAUCAAUUGUGAAUGCCAUUUGGUUUUUAACAGCACAAAUCAUGUUAGCAGUAUAACUAGUUUGCUACAAUUGAACCUUUCUGUCCAUUUUUAAGGAAAUUUUAUUUUCUAGGAAGCUAUGGGGAUAAUGGUUGUUUGCUCUUUCAUGGGUUUGAAUAAGGAACAUGCAGAGGAAGUUGGAAAGAGUAAGAACGAUAAUUUGAAACUGGCAGGCAUGAUUAGUGCUACUGCUAUAACAGGAGGAUCCUUGAUAGCCCUUACCGGUGGCCUAGUUGCACCAGCUAUUGGACAUGAAUUAGGUGCCCUUGCUCCUACAAUAGGCAGCCUUGUUCCUGCAGUUGGAGUAGGUGGAAUUGCUGUAGCCGCUACUGCUACGGGAUCAAUUGCCGCUUCGGUUGCUGUUGCUGCAUCAUUUGGAGCUGCUGGAGUUGGUCUUACAGCCAGUGCAAUGCCUAAAGGAACUGAAGGACUUGAUGAAUUUGAAUUCAUACAAACUGGGAAAAGUCAUAACCAAGGCCGGCUGGCAGUUGGAAUAUUGGUUUCUGGAAUUUUAUUUGAGGAAGAAGAUUUCUUUAGACCUAGGGAAAAUUAUAAUGAUAACUUGGAGAGGUAUGUGCUAAAGUGGGAGCCCAAGAAUAUGAUUGCGCUGAGCACUCAGAUACGGGAGUGGCUUACUUCAAGUACUAUUUUAACAUUAGCCAAUAAAGAAAUUGGUCAAACAAUGGUUGAAAACCCAUAG